AUGAACCGCCAGAUAAACUUCAUGGGAAUGCUAGGUGGCCUAGUACUCGCUCUCGCUCUGUGGUGGGUAUCGAGAAGCCGCCUGCCCAUUCAAACAACAGCUCGACUUGAGUCAAUCAAAAACAAACGUGUGAUAUAUGCCACCUACCUAAGUGCGCCAACAAAACCCAAGGCUCAGAUCAUCUCGGCAUUCGCCAACUCGAGUGAUCCGUAUUUCGACGGUGCUCGAAUUCUCACAUACCAGAUUCUCCACGCACCCGAGACUCGCACCAAGCUGAACAUCCCAUUUGUGGUUUUCGUUCAUGAAAAUGUCGAUCAGGCGAAGAGAGAAGGGCUGAAGUCAGAUGGUGCACAGGUGAUAGAGUGGCCCGAUUUCCGAGUCGACUGGAUACGACCCAAGGAUCACCGAUGGGCGGAUGUGGUGACUAAAUUACGCCUGUGGGAGAUGGUUCAGUACGAUUUGAUCGUCUUUUUGGAUGGCGACUCUGUGAUGACAAGAUGUAUUGAUGAUCUACUUACCGACCCAGACACUUGGCCUCAAAAAUCUACAUCUUCAACCUUCACCCAUAACGGGGUGGAGAUACCACUACCGGAGACAUACAUUGCAGCGGGAUUGCCCCAACUCAGACAAAAUCAUUCGUCCCAGCCAUCUCGUGUCCCGGAAGACUUUUGGGAUUGGAAUACUCUCAAUUCUGGUUUCAUGAUCUUGCAACCAUCGCUCACCAUGUUUCGUUACUUCGAAGCUUUGGUGGCAGACGAGAACAGUUUUGACGCCAGCAUAGGCGACCAGAGUGUUUUGAAUGUCGCCCUUUCACGGUGGGGUCCUACUCCGUGGACUGCUGUGGACUUUUCCUGGAAUAUUCAAUGGCCAUGGCCGGAUGAUAUCAAGGCUGGCUAUGCUGUUCUCCAUGAAAAAUGGUGGGCUCCAACACAUGGAACUUCGAGGGACUAUUUAAUGUCCUGGUAUUGGCGGAUGGUCGGCUAUCAUGAUUCGGUCGAUGAAGCACACGACGGAUAA